GGAGGCACCAUGAUCAAGUUCAGGAUGAGGGUAUCCACUGGGAAGGCCUUUGGGGCUGGCACAUGGGACAGAAUAUCUGUCACCGUCGUGGGGACGCGGGGGGAGACAUCCCCACUUCCCCUGGACCAUUUCGGCAAGGAGUUCAAUGCCGGUGCUGAGGAGGACUUUGAGGUGACAGCCCCCCAGGACGUGGGCGAAGUGCUGCUGCUGCGCGUGCACAAGGUGCCCCCCGCGCUGCCCCCCCCGCUCGGACCCUUGCCCCCCAAUGCCUGGUUCUGCCGCUGGUUCCAGGUCACGCCACCAGGGGGCGCCCCCCUCCGCUUCCCCUGCUACCAGUGGCUGGAGGAUGCAGACAAUCUGGAGCUGCGACCCGGGGCAGCGAGGGUCUCCUGGGCAGACCAGCACCCUAGGCUCCUGCAACAGCGCUUGGAAGAGCUGCAGGCCAGGCGCCAUAAGUACCGCUGGAAGACCUACAUCCCAGGCUGGCCUCACUGCCUAGAUGAGGAGACUGUGAAAGACCUGGAUCUCAACAUCAAAUACUCCUUCACCAGGAAUGCCAGUUUCUACCUGAAAAGCAGCUCUGUUUUUGCAGAGCUAGGACUCAAAGGGAUACUGAGCCGCAGAGGACUCUGGAAGAAUCUGAAGGAGAUGAGAAAUGUGCUCAACUUCCAGAAGACCCCAGCUUCUGAAUACACAUUUGAGCACUGGCAGGAAGAUGCCUUCUUCGCUUACCAGUUUCUGAACGGCUUCAACCCUGUCCUGAUCCGCCGCUGCCACUGCCUCCCAGAAAACUUCCCAGUCACAGACGCUAUGGUGGCACCAGUGCUGGGUCCCGGGACCAGUCUGCAGGCUGAGCUGGAGAAGGGCUCCCUGUUCCUGGUGGAUCAUGGAAUUCUCUCUGGCAUCCACACUAAUGUCGUCAAUGGGAGGCCUCAGUUCUCUGCAGCCCCCAUGACACUGCUAUACCAGCGCCCAGGGUGUGGGCCCCUCAUGCCCCUCGCCAUCCAGCUCACCCAGACCCCUGGACCCAACAGCCCCAUCUUCCUGCCCAGUGAUGACAAGUGGGACUGGCUGCUGGCCAAGACGUGGGUGCGCAACGCAGAGUUCUCCAUCCACGAGGCCAUCACACACUUGUUGCAGGAGCACCUGCUGCCUGAGGUCUUCACCCUGGCGACCCUGCGUCAGCUGCCCAGCUGCCACCCACUCUUCAAAUUGCUAAUCCCACACACUCGACACACGCUGCACAUCAACACGCUAGCCCGGCAGCUGCUCAUCUCCCCCGGGCAUGUGGUGGACAGGUCCACAGGUCUUGGCAUCAGAGGCUUCUCUGAGCUGAUACAGAGGAACAUGGAACAGCUGACCUACUCCACCCUGUGUCUGCCUGAUGAUAUCCGGGCACGAGAAGUUGAAGACAUCCCAGGCUACUAUUACCGGGACGAUGGGAUGCAGAUUUGGAGUGCAGUGGAGCGCUUUGUCUCUGAAGUGAUUGAGCUUUAUUAUCCGAGUGACGUGUCAGUCCGAGAUGACAGUGAACUCCAGGCCUGGGUGUGGGAAAUCUUUGCUGAGGGCUUCUUAGGCCGGAAGAAUUCAGGGGUGCCCUCCUCCCUGGAGAGCCGGGAAGCCCUGGUCCAGUACAUCACAAUGGUGAUAUUCAACUGCUCUGCCAAGCACACUGCCGUCAGUUCAGGACAGUUUGACUCCUGUGCCUGGAUGCCUAACCUGCCACCAACCAUGCAGCUGCCACCACCCACCUCCAAAGGCCAAGCAACACUAGAGAGGUUCUUGGCCACCCUCCCGCCUGUCAAUGCUACAGGUGAUGUCAUCGGUGUCCUCUGGCUGCUGAGCAAGGACCCUCCAAACCGACGGCCCCUGGGCACCUACCCUGAUGAACACUUCACCGAGGAGGCCCCACGCCUGAGCAUCACCGCCUUCCAGAACCGCCUGGCCCAAAUCUCUCAGGACAUCCAAGAACGGAACCAGAGCCUGGAGCUGCCCUACACCUACCUGUACCCGCCCCUCAUCGAGAACAGUGUCUCUAUCUAAAUCCCCUGAGCAACCGGGCCUUGAAAGUCAUCGCUUUGACAAGCUGAGCAGUGGCAUAUCUGGUUCAGUGCACAAGGACCCCAGUUAAACCUUUGGUCCCUAUCUGUAGGGGACAGUGAUGCAAUGUCACAGGUGUCUCUCUUGCUCCCUCUCUACCUCCCCCUUGCCUCUCAGUUUCAUUGUGUCUCUCUCCAGAAUAAAUAAACAGAACUAAGAUAUUUCUUUGACUUCA